AUGGAGCUGUUCCGACACCCAGAGAAGGUCCCAUUCCCAAAAGAUGUAAAAAGUAAAUCCGAGUUGAAGAAACUGCUCUGUUCCAUGCGUUCUGAGGAAAUAGAUAGACGCCUUAGAAAUGCAGUUGCAUCCAACAAUCAACAACUGGUCCAAUGGCUGAAAUCAAGAAAACAACAGAUUCUAGGCCUCCAAAUACAGGGAAAUGUUUCGAUAUCUGGAAAUAUGUAUACAAAUAAAAUCUACAUUCCUGUCCAGGAAUUCCCCGAAAGCAAUUUUGUGGGCUUGAUAAUAGGUCCAAAAGGAUCCACCCAAAGGCAGCUUGAAAGGAUUACAAAAGCCAGGAUAUACAUAAGAGGAUCCUACAAGGACAAAUAUGCCGAACCCUUGCAUUGUUAUAUAAGUGCAGAUACACAGGAAAACUUAAUGAAUGCAAGUGCCGUUAUCGAAAAUUUAAUAGAAGACUCCAUACUCUUUGGCAGCUGCAAACUAAAGUCGUCUCAGCUCCAGGCAAUGAAGGGAAGUAAGGGAGAUUCGGGUAGACGCCUUACCGAUUGGGAAAAGUUUUACUACUGGUGGUAUUUCCAUAACAAAAUCCAGAAGGAAGUAGAUUAA